CGAUAAGUUUAUUUUGAAAUUUGUAACGGUUUUUGUUUUUAUAAUAACACCUAGUGAGUGUUUAAAACAUUCUUGUUCCAAAUUGAACAAAACAGUCCAUUUCUCCUCAUUUGAGCUUUCUUUACGUCGUUCCAAAAUGUCAUCAGAAGACGGCGGCAACGGAAACGGCGGAGGCGGUGGCGGAAACAAUGGAGGUGGAGGUGGCGGCGGCGGCAAUAAUAAUAAUAAUAAGAAGGCGGAGGAGGCUAAGAAGGCGGAGGAAAAGCCCCAGCCGCAUGCUGUAUUAGAACAGCUCUCCGGCGUGCAAUAUUGCAUCAAUAGUCCACCCUCAUGGUCGGAGGCAUUGUGUUUGGGUUUCCAGCAUUACCUUUUAACUCUAGGCAACAUUGUCUUCAUCCCCAAAACAAUUGUGCCUCAAAUGGGUGGUGGCAAAGUAGAAGAGGCAAGGGUGAUGCAGACAUUACUUUUUAUAUCAGGAUUAAACACAUUGUUUCAAUCCUUAUUUGGAGUGAGGUUACCUUCAAUAAUAGGUGGUUCUUAUGCCUACUUAAUCCCAAUUACCUCAAUUAUCCAAACUAGGAGACUUCAGCACAUUGUGGAUCCUCACAUGAGGUUUGAGCACAGUAUGAGGGCCAUUCAAGGAGCCCUCAUUGUGGCAUCUUGUUUUCAAGUCAUUACUGGUUUCAUUGGGCUGUGGAGAAAUGCUACAAGGUUUCUAAGCCCUUUAUCUGUAGUCCCACUUAUCACUUUAACUGGACUUGGCCUAUUCCAUCUUGGCUUCCCACUGAUGGCAAAGUGUGCCGUUGUGGGGGUUCCGGAGCUCUUCUUAAUUGUGCUUGCCUCACAGUAUCUACCAACAUGGCUAAAACUAAAAAGGCCAAUAUUGGAUAGGUUUGGUGUAUUGUUUUGUGUGAGCAUUGUGUGGACAUAUGCAGCCAUUUUAACAUACAGUGGACCUUACAAAACAUAUUCACAAGAGAAUUGCAGGGUAGAUGGCUCUGGUCUCAUGUCUGGUUCCUCUUGGAUUCAAAUCCCUUUGCCAUUUCAAUGGGGACCUCCCACCUUUAACGCUGGCGAUGUCUUCGCAAUGCUAUCGUCAUGCUUCGUCUCCUCCAUCGAGUCAACCGCAGUGUUUUACGCUACGUCGAGAUAUGGGAGUGCCACACCAGUGCCACCUUCUAUUGUUAGCCGAGGCGUCGGAUGGCUUGGGGUAGGGACUAUGCUCAGUGGCAUUUUUGGAGGACUCACUGGCCCUUGUGCAACACCAGAAAAUGCUGGGCUUUUAGCAUUAACAAAAGUUGGAAGCAGAAGAGUUGCUCAGAUAUCUGCUGGGUUCAUGAUUUUCUUUUCCAUCCUAGGGAAAUUUGGAGCAUUUUUUGCCUCAAUUCCUAUGGCAGUCAUGGCGGCCUUGUAUUGUGUCUUCUUUGCAUAUGUUUCUUCAGCUGGUCUAGGAUUCCUCCAGUUUUGCAACUUGAAUAGCUUCAGAACAAAGUUCAUACUAGGAUUCUCCUUGUUCAUGGGGCUAUCACUGCCUCAAUACUUCAAAGAGCACCAAAUGGUUUCUGGUUCAUACCCUGUCCACACACAUGCCAAAUGGUUCAACGACAUAAUAUGUGUCGUCUUCACGUCGCACGCGACUGUUGCGGUCGUGCUGGCGGAAUUUUUGGACCGCACGUUGCCGAACAACGACAGUAAGGAUAACGGCUUGCAUUGGUGGCAAAAAUUUGUGGCAUAUGGAAGAGAUGUUAGAAGUGAUGAGUUCUACAAGUUGCCAUUUAAACUUAAUAGGUUUUUCCCAUCCUAUUAGACAUGGAUUAUGUUCAAUGUUGAUUCCCGCCAUAUUUUUUGUCAAGAAAUUAAAUUAUAAUUUAAUGUUUUGCUAUUGUAGUUCAUAUUUAAUAUUGGAAUUUAUUCAUUUGUCACUUCUUAAUUCUUAUAUGCUCAUUGUUGAUUUCAUUAGUUUUAGAAAUUAAAUGAUAGUAUUUAUUUUAAGAUUACUCUAGCAAUAUUUUCGUGCGCAAAUAAUUCUUACUCCCCAUA